CCGUAGUUUUAUCAAUAUUACAGCAAGCAGAAUUGGCUAACGAAGCAGCAUCGCUCACCAUCAAUCAGUGCGGCAAGGCUGCAACCAUCGCGCGCUGCGCGUGACGAUGGCAAAGCCAGCACAGCCCGCGCUGCAGCGUGCAGCCAAGGCCGCAACCACGGCGGGCGAAGCGCAUGCCUCAUCCAACGCACCAAAAGAGAAACCGACGGCAGGGGAACAGCGCUUCGAGGCCUACUACGCGCAACAGCAUCUCGUGCCAGCGCCAGAAUUCGCGAAACUGCUCGAGGCGCUGCGCAAGCCACUACCCAUCACGUUCCGCAUCUUCGACGCGACGCGCGACGGCACGUGCGCGCGACUCGAAGCCGAGGCGCGAGCACUGGGCGCCACGCGACUUCAGGCGAAAGGCGCGUGGACAUUCGCCGGCGAAGCGAGGAGGGAGCUGCGGGCGCAGGGAGAUAAGACGCGAGACGGCGCUCUCAGGGACUUCCUGGUACGGGGCGACCGCUUCCGCUGCCUAAGACGGCAGGAGGAGGUGUCCAUGGCGUCCGUGGAGGCCUUGGACCCGCGACCAAAUGACGUUGUGUUAGAUUGCUGCGCGGCGCCCGGGUCCAAGACGACGCAAUUAGUAGAACGCUGCGAGGGCGGGUGCGUCGUCGCCGUCGAGUACGACGCGAAGCGAGCACGAGCUUUGGUCGCGCGCUCGCUGCACGUCUGCGGCGGCGACCGCGCGGCGCGGCUCGUCGUCUGCAAGGGCGACGCGACCAAACUGCCGUCGUCGCAACGUUUUGAUCGGGUCCUCUGCGACGUGCCGUGCUCGGGCGACGGCGCGCUGCGCAAGACCGGGAUGCGAGCUUAUCGUAGGUGGCGCUGCGCCGACGCGUUGGCUCUCCACGACCUCCAGCUCAGAAUUGCAUUGAAGGGCGCUGAUUUACUCAAGGUCGGCGGGCGCCUCGUCUACAGCACGUGUUCCCUCAACCCCGUCGAGAACGAGGCCGUCGUUUUUCGUUUGUUGGAGGCGCGGCCCGAUUUGGCGCUCGUGGACCACGGCCUCGGAACGGCGUGGCGCGCGCGGCCCGGGCUGGCGACGUGGCGGUUGCUCGUCGACGACCACCGCGGCGACGGCGUCGCCGUCGCCUCGGACGCCUACGCGCACCUCCGUCCGCCUUCCAUGGAUAUUGGCCUCCGCCGAUGCGCGCGGCUCUACCCGCACGACGGCGACCGUGGAGGGUUCUUCCUCGCGGUGUUCGUCAAAAAGACGUUUUCAUUAACGACGCCGCGCCUGCGCCUGCGACCGUUCGCGGCCGCGGACGCGGCGCGGCUCCCGGCUCUCUGCGGCGACCUCGAGGUGAGCCGGACGUGCAUGCGCGUGCCGCACCCCUACGGUAUCACGGAGGCCCGCUUCUUUCUGGAUAAGGUGUGCGACGGCGGGGCUAGCUCCACGCAAGGGUUGACAUUACGUGACAGGAUUAUUCAGAUGAAGCGCGGCGCGGGCCCGAGCCUGACGCUGGCGGUCGUCAAGCGCGACGGCGACGAACUGAUCGGCUGCGUUAGCCUCGACCGCGACAACUUUAACGAGACGCCGCGCAUCGGCUACUGGCUCGGGCGCGCGUUCUGGCGCCGCGGCUACGCGACAGAGGCGGCCCGAGCUAUCAUCGCCCACGGCUUUGAUGUCCUUAAGCUCGAGAAUAUUGAAGGGACGCACUUCCUGGAAAACCCGGCGAGCGGCGCCGUGCUACGGAAGCUCGGAUUUGUUCCUGUGGAGGACGGGCCCUCGCCGCCGCAAGCGUGCGCCGCGCGCGGCGGGGUAGAGUUGCCGACGGCGACGCUCCGCCUGGCGCGUCCCCAAUCGAGGCCGUCGACCGACGCGCACCCGCUCCGCCUCAUUGACGAAGAUGCCUGGAGGCGGUUGGUGUUGGAGUUGGACGUCAAAGCGGGACUCCCUUUCGGGAAUGCGCUAUUUGCGAGGUCGGGCGGCGGCGCGCGCGGCGCAGGCGCGUGGUUACUCGAUAGAACUGCGGCCAUCGUCCUCAGCCGCCUCCUGGCCGCGGGCGUGGCCGUCGAGGGUGCCGGGGUCAAAAUCGUCGAGAAACGCGGCGGUGGCGAGGCGGCGCGGCAGCUGGGCACCGACUUGUUCGACGGCCGGCUGACCUACGACGGCGCCGACGCGUUGCUGCGGCGCGGGGCGCUCGGCGCAAAACGCGUCGUCGACGUCGACGCGACGGCGUGGCGCGUGCUGUUGAAAGGCGGACGCAUUCCACUGCGCGACUUGCCCGCCGAAAUGAUGGAGAUGAGUCCCGGCACGGCGGUCGCGCGCCACGGCGGGUCCUCGAUUACCCUGUGGCGCGGCGCGGCCGACGCCGUCACCGUGAUGGUUCGCGGAGAUGAUUUGGAGCGGCUCCGACGCGGCAUCCCUGCGGGCCGGUCGUACCUCCGCUACGCCGUUGCGGUCGCAGCCGUUGCGGCGAUCGCGGUGAUGCGCCGCCGUUAA